GAGUCCAAACCCGAUAAACCUGUCAGGGUCGGAUCCUCAACACGAACGCGGCAGGCACCACAGGCGAGAUGAGUAGCGGCGGCGGCGGAAGCGAGAAGUCCGGCGCGGGCAGCGGCGGCCCGGUGAAGACGCCUUCGGACUUCCUCAAGUCCAUCAGGGGCCGCCCCGUCGUCGUCAAGCUCAACUCCGGCGUCGACUACCGAGGUGUUUUGGCUUGUCUGGACGGGUACAUGAACAUUGCAAUGGAGCAAACGGAAGAGUAUGUUAACGGUCAGCUGAAGAACAAGUAUGGUGAUGCUUUUAUAAGAGGAAAUAAUGUUCUAUAUAUCAGCACAUCAAAGCGCACAGUUGAAGAUGGUGCAUGAGACAGUGAUACAGACAUGCAUGUUCAAUGGCAGUCUUGUAACUUGAUUGCUUCUGUGAAUUCUGUCAUCAACCUCGUAGUUGUUACCAAGCUAGAGAAGAUUGCUAAAGUUGAAAUGGAACUAGCAGAGCUCGUGAGGAGCAAGCCGCGUGCAGGUGCUCGAAACUCUCGAAGGGCCACCUCAUAAUUCACAAACUUGGAUAUCAAAAUGUUAGUACUUUACACUCUAUGCCACACUCUGAAUUGUAUCAACAUGGCAACAUGACUGGCAGCAUUGAUGCGUAUUCAGAAGUGCCACUAAAGCUAAAAUUUACAA